UAUUUAGUCGAUCGUCAGCAGCACAUCACCACCGAUUCGUUUUAUCAUAAUAUGAUAAUAUUAUUAUAGUACACUCACUAGCGAUAUAGUAUGAAACGCGAUACCUGAAGUCAUCAUCUGAUUUAAUUAGUGGUCACUUAUUGUUUUUGUAACAUUGUUUUCAUAUCUUGUAUCACCGUAAAUUAUCGUAAACACUAAAAAUGCCUGAUUUCGACAGUAUUGGGGAGGACAUUUCACACUGCCAGCCGAAAGUGCAUCUACAGUGGGCUUCCGGGUCGCAGCCGGUCAGGAAGUUGAGCGUUGUGUCGUUGCUGCCUCAAAAGCUGAAAUAUUUCGUCGAAGAUAGCGUGAGGUUAUGCAGACCGUCAAACGUGUACGUUUGUGAUGGAUCUGAAGCUGAAAACAAGAUGCUCAUCGAACUUCUGAUAGAAAACCGCACCAUCAUUCCGCUGCCAAAGUAUCAAAACUGCUAUUUGGCUAGGAGCAGUCCCAGGGACGUGGCCAGAGUAGAGAGCCGGACUUUCAUAUGCACUAAAAACCGGAGAGAUGCAGUCAACGUGCCAAGGGGUUCUGUCAAAGGUAUGCUGGGAAACUGGAUGAGUUUGGAAGAUGCAGACAAUGCGGUAGCCGAACGGUUCCCGGGUUGCAUGGAGGGUAGAACCAUGUACGUGAUACCGUUUAGUAUGGGUCCCCUGGACUCACCGUAUUCAAAACUCGGAGUGCAGAUCACUGACUCGGCUUAUGUUGUGUGCUCGAUGCGCAUCAUGACCAGGAUCGGUACCAAGGUGCUUGAAAAACUUGACUCACCUGACGACAGCGGUCAUAGUGCGGGUUACUUCGUUAAGGCCCUACAUUCAGUCGGCCGUCCUGCCGACGGUCCUGUACAACACGCACACUGGCCCUGUGAUCCCGACCGUACCAUAAUCCUGCACAAGCCUGAAAUGGAUGAAAUCAUCAGUUAUGGGAGUGGAUACGGUGGCAACUCGCUCCUGGGUAAGAAGUGUUUCGCAUUAAGAAUUGGUUCGUCGAUAGCUCGUCGUGAGGGUUGGCUUGCAGAACACAUGCUGAUUUUAGGCGUGACUAAUCCAAAGGGACGGAAACGAUACAUAGUGGCCGCGUUUCCCAGCGCCUGUGGCAAGACCAACAUGGCGAUGAUGCAGCCAACACUUCCGGGUUAUAAAGUAGAGUGUGUUGGUGACGAUAUCGUAUGGAUGCGAUUUGACCGGAACGGGCAGCUGAGAGCCAUCAAUCCAGAAUUUGGGUUCUUCGGCGUGGCACCUGGUACAUCUAGGACCACAAACCCUGUGGCUAUGGAUACGGUAUUCAAGAAUACGAUUUUUACCAACGUAGCACAGACUAGCGAUGGAGGUGUGUACUGGGAGGGCAUGGACAAAUUGAAGCCGGGAGUCACCGUUACCGACUGGCAGGGCAAUCCAUGGACACCCGGCAGCACACCGGCUGCGCAUCCGAACUCCAGGUUUUGCACACCAGCCGAACAGUGUCCGAUUAUCGACUCAGAUUGGCAGUCCCCAGAUGGUGUGCCAAUCGACGCCAUCUUGUUUGGUGGUAGACGUCCGUCGGGCGUGCCUCUGGUAUACGAGGCGUUUGACUGGAAGCAUGGCGUCUACGUUGGUGCUUCUAUGAAGUCCGAGGCCACCGCAGCCGCCGAGCACAGUGGCAAAGAAAUUAUGCACGACCCGUUUGCCAUGCGGCCGUUUUUCGGAUACAACUUUGGACAUUACCUGCAGCACUGGCUGUCGAUGGAGACCGCCUCACCAAACGUCAAGGUUCCCAAAGUAUUCCACGUCAAUUGGUUCCGAAAAGACGACCAAGGGAAAUUCAUGUGGCCCGGAUACGGUGAAAACUCUCGUGUAUUGGAUUGGAUUUUGCGCAGGAUAGAUAACGAACCUGGCACUGCGCAACCAACACCCAUCGGUAAUGURCCCACCCGUGGAUCGUUUAAUGUUCAAGGACUAAACGUGGACUUUGACGGACUAUUUUCCGUCCCCAUUGACUUUUGGAUUGAAGAGGCCAAAGAAGUGGCACAUUUCUUGUACGAACAAGUAGAUGAAGAUUUGCCAAAAGACAUACAAGACCAAAUAAACAACUUAUUCAGUCGUCUAAGUUUGUGUUCAAGAAAUUAACACUUCACACCCAACCUAACAUAUAGACUAUUUAAAUGUUCUAAUUUCUAAGUUAACGAUACACUAUUUUAGUUAUAAGUUUAUUUAUAUAAUAUGUCAUACUAAAUUAUUAUGUUUAUUUUUAUAAUUAUAUUUAUAUUCAA